CACAUAUGUUCAUUCAGCCAGAUGAGUCAAGUUUCUUUUACUUGGAUUCCUCCUAUAUUAAUUAUUACUUUUACUUAUUUGAAAGAAUUAGUUUUUAAAAAAAAUUUGCUGAUUUCUACUUUAAAUUAUACGUCCAACAGACCAACAUUAAUCAGACUCCUGGUGCGCAAUUUGCAUACCAAAACAAGCAGAAAGCAUAAAGAAGGUUUAUAAACAUUUUGGUGAUUUAGAUAUUAGAAGAGAACGCCUUGUUGUGAAAAAGACGUAGCAUGGUAACUGAAUCCAUUUGGAGUUUUCCAGUUAUUAUGGAUGCCACGUCACAAAUAUGUUGGCUAAAGACUACCGAAGUUGACAAGGAUAUAAAUCUGAACACAGUGUCCCUUCAUUUCUUAAAUAUAUAAAAUGUAAUAAAUUUUCAUUUUUUGGUCACGGAAAGUGAGUAUAUCUUGUUUCCGUUUUUCUCUCGCACAACAAAAUAAAAAAAGAUUUUGCAAAUAUUUAAAAUAUAACUCAAAACGUGGUUGGCAAGGCAUCUUCUCUGUAUUAAUAAUGGAGGAAGAGACUAGGGAUUCUUAAUUAAAUAUCAAAAGGCUUUCUUUCUUUUUUAUUUAUAUUUCUAUUAAUGUCUCUGCUUCUCAGACGGCUAGGGAAGCUCUGCCAUGGGCAACCUGCAGCGGCGGUGGUGAAAAGAUCAUCACUUCUUAUUAGCUAUCAUAGCUACUCAUCUUCUUCAUUGCUUCAGACCCCUCCUUGCUUCGUCCUCACAGUUUCUCCUUGUGGAGAGGAUCUCGGAAAACUUGUGAUUGUGAAUGCUAAUGAGUUUUGCAUCACUGACUUGGAAAAGAAGGUACCGCUGGAUCUGGUGGAUACAGAUCAUCUGGUCGGGGCAUCUAAUGGGUGGGUAGCUACUUUGAAGGACGGCGGCAUAGUGCGUCUCCAAGAUGAUCUAAACCCUUUUGCAUCUGAUACAAACCCUAAACGCAUUCCCCUGCCUCCUCUUGUCACUCUUCCUCGCUGCCAAACCCAAAUGGUCACCAACAUGGCCAUGUCCUCGUCUUCUCCCGAGGACGAGGACUGUGUUGUCUCUCUCAAGUUCUUUGGACCUCAGCUGAGCUUUUGCAAACCAGGAGGUAAACCCGAGUGGACCAACAUCAGAAUCGCAAACCCUUGCUUCUACUCAUCCCCUGUCGUGUUUUCCAAGAAACACGGCAUGUUUCGCAUUCUCGCGUCUGGUGGAUACCUUAUUGGAUCGUGGGAUGCCCGCAUAGACAAGAAGAGCAAACCCAAGUUCCAGAGGUUGCGGUUUCGAAACGUUCCCAAGCUGAGCAAGACCAAACGUGAGCUUUUGAAUUCGUGUUGCACGAGCGAGCACUUGGUGGAGUCAGGAACCACAGGUGAAACUUUCUUGGUUAAGCUGUACAGGAGGCCAAGGGCUAGCGGUUCAGAGAAAAUGCAAACCAAAGCCUUGAUGGUGUUCAAGAUUGACGAUGAAGGUAACGCAGUUUACACGCAAGACAUUGGAGAUCUCUGCAUUUUCAUCUCAAAGUCUGAACCUUUCUGUGUUCCUGCUAGCUCAUUCCCUGGCAUGCCCUCUAACCGGGUCGCCUUCUUGGAUUUUGACGAGAACGUCUAUAUUAGUGUGCCCUAUUCCAACAUCAUUGGUGGAAAUUGUCCUUACCUAGCCCCUUACCAUAUUCCACCUCAAAAUAUUGUCUAAUACUACGUUAGGGUUGAGUAAUCAUGAUCAGUAAUCAUGCUACCUCAACAUAUAUUGCUGUGUUUUGUUACCACAUUUCAUGCUGCAUGUGUUCCUUAACUAUAAAAGACUAGUUAAUGUUGGUGUUUACUCUUUUGACUUGUUAAGAAUUUUAUUCAACUUCUUAUCCUCCUUCUUUAUUUUUCAUAUGUUCAUGAGACUUGCAUGAUGUAAGAUCAUUGAAAUUGUUUAGUGUGAUUGCUAUUCCAAAGUUGCACAAAAAAAAAGAAAAAAGAUUGCUAUUCCAACAAGCUCCAAUAAUUGUUUAAUGUGAGGAUCAAAAGGAACAAUGAAAAGUGAACACAAAAAAUGAAUGGAAGAGAAAGAGAUAUAUAGAGAGAAUAAAUAAAGAAUGAUCAGUUCUCUUCACCAACUGUUAUAUUAUGUUGAUUUUUUUCAAAAGGAGAUCAUCAAUUUGUAGCCUGCAUAUAACGAUUACUUAAGGACUAAAACGUUUGUACUCCAAAAGUGCAUGACCACUUACCUAAUUUCAGAGACCUGAUAACCAUUUACCUAAAUAUGAUUAUUGUUUAUAUAUUCACCCAAUGAACUCAAAAAUUAAUUUAAAUUGGUUUUAUUUGAUUGGCUUAAUAAUAUUUAUAUUUAUAUAAGACUUGUUGCUAACAACUCUAUUCUUCAUUGGCAGACAGAGUAUAGAAACUGUGUUUACUAAAUUAUUUUUAAUAUAUAUUUAACAAUUCCAUUUAUCUCUUGGAUAUAGAUGCUUUACUAUGCAUCAUUGUUGUACAUUUGACAUCAAUGACAUGUUGUACACAAUGAGAUGGAGUAGUGAAAACAUAUAUGGUCAGCUUAAUAUAGUCACUGUUUUACCCCAAAGAGAACACACAUAACAAUCUCAGAGAGAACAUUACAAAGCUAGUUGUCAACAACAUCUUGUGGUGGAAAAUAAUAAGGGGAUAAAAUGUACCACUUGUAGUAGCGAUGGAGAUGUCACCUACAUCAUAACCUACGAUUUCAUCAACAUCGAGGAUGUGAAUGUAGUUACGACCACAAAGGGCUCCCUCUUGCUGAACAAACCACAUGAAGCGAUGAGGUGGUCUUCACAUCCAAGAAUACGAAACACCUUGUCUUUCUUGGAAAACAUGACACGGGAGGAGUGGAAGCAAGGGUUUUCGAGCUUGAUGCUGGUCCACUCUGGUUUACUCUCAUCUGGCCUGCAAAAGCUGAGCUGAGGACCCAAGAACUUGACAGCCACGACACAGUCCUCAUCAUCCUCUGGAGAAGAUGAGGACAUUGACACGUUGGUGAUGAUUUUGGUUUGGCAGAGUCACAAGAGGAGGCAGCGGGAUACGUUUGCGUUUUAUCAUCAUUAAUUCAUUAUGAAUGUGAGGAUACACCAAGUUCAUAGGUACCCUCUUGUCCAGAUCAGUUAUGGCACGUUGAUUAGCAUAGCAAACUGUGAGUCUUGCUUGAUCGUGUCCACAAAAUCUAGCGGCGAUGACAAAACCAGGAGGGCUUUGCCGCAAGGAAGUUGAGAAGCCGUUUGAGAUAAGGAGAGAAACAGAGGAGGAUCUUCUCACCCCAAGGUCUAGCGACGAUGACAAAACAAGGAGGGGUUUGCCGUAUGGAGGUUGAGAAGCCGUUAGAGAGAAGAAGAGAAACAGAGGAGGAUCUUCUCACCCCAACGCGGAGCCGACUGAGAAAGAGAGACAUGAGAAUUCUUUAAGCAAAAAGCUGAGAGAGAUUGAUCAUGUUCCAUCUUCUCUAUCUAAAGUGUGACAACCCAUCCUCUUACUAGGAACCUAGGUUCACAGCGCUGCAGCGCACCGACCCCAACCCCUCCAUUAUGAGUCUUUUCUGACUCCAUAAUUAGGUUGUUGGUGAGACUCGAACCCAGGUCCUCACCCUUUAACAACACUCCUCCAGGAUGAGUUGUCACCAAUUGAUCUGCAGGUCAAUUGGUGACAGCUUGUCCUGUGGGAGUGCUGUUAAAGGGUGAGGUUCUGGGUUCGAGGUCCACCAACAACCUAAUUAUGGAGUUAGUGAGAACUCAUAAUAGAGGGGUUGGGGUCGGUGUGCUGCAGCGCUGUGAGCCUGGGGCCCACGGGACGGGUAGUUCCCACGGGGCGGGUUGACACAUAAAGUCUCUGCAUUAAUACACAGAAAGAGCCUUGUACCCCAAGGCAAGGUUUUGGUGGGAUAUUUAAUAUUUAUUACUCUUUGCUUCAUGAUAUUAAUGAAUUUACUGUAAUUGAAUAUAUUUGGUAAUUUAUUAUUGGAUGUUCUUAGCUGAAUGCGAGAUAUUUGUUUUUCUUUUCCUUUGGAAAACAUUUUCCAUUAAUGUUUUAAAUUCAAAACUGGGAAUUCAUCAACUUAGAGCAUCUUUAUCUCUAAAAUCUCAUUUGGGGUUCUUAUUUUUUUUUUUUUAUCGAAUCAAUCGUAGAUUGCCACGUGUUAGUUGGACCCGCAAACAGUGCAAGAAGCGUUCCUUAUUUCGUUACUUUUAGCAACGUUUCUUAUUGUUUUGUGGAGUUCACACCGAUUUUUUUUUGUUAAAAACCCUCCCUAAAGACUCCCGAUAAAGCUACUCUUAGUGUCAUUGAUGUUAAUGUUAAUUUUUGUUUUUAUUUUUAUUUGUCACAGCAGACAAACAAUUCCCACGAUAAAAUUCAGACAUGUUUUAAUAGUGGAAAAACAAAUUCAAAACUAUACAUUUUAGUACAAGAUGUCCAUUUUCAAAAAUAUAUUUUUUCUUAAAAUGAAAAUAUUAUACUUUUGUUAUUAUAUUUUAUUUUCUAAUAUUUUUUAAUCUUUGAGAAAUGGCAGAUGUUUUCUUAUUUUUAAUGAAUAAUAUUUAUUAUUGAUUAACUAUGUGUAAGUUGUUCAUAUUAUGAUUAGAUGUUAAACCAAUCAAAAUGAAAUAUUACAUAACAUAUUUAUCAUUUGAUCAUAUUUAACUAUGUAGAUCAUUUUUCAAGUGUAUUUGCUUAUAAAUCUAAUCUUCUAGUUAUAUUUAUACAUAUUAGUACAUUUAUUAAUUUAUCCAAAAUACAAUAUUUUUAAAAAAAAUAUAUGUCCCAUAAUUUCUUUAUAUUCCAAAUAAAUUCAACACUUACAAAAAAUAAACAAAUAAAG